AUGCCCGGGGCGGUGUCGCCCGAGGGCACUUCUGGGGCUCCCGGUGCCCCCGAAGCCCCGACGCAUGCUGCGCCCCGACGCCUCGAAUCCUCCUUUUCCGUCGAGGCGCUGCUGGCCAGACCCGGUCCCCGCGCGCGCACCGCCGGCCUUUGGUCCUCUGCGCUCUGCGCUCCAGCCCCGGUGCUGCCCUGGCCGGGCCCCGAGACCUGGCUGCCCCCCGCCUGCCUGGGCCCGACACUCCACCAGCCGGGUGCUUCCAUCCCCGUGCUAGCGCUGCGUCUGGCUCCCUUCUGCGGCCUCCGUAGCCUCGGGGUCACCGGCUUGGAGCUGGUUCAUUGCCCAGGCUUCUGGAGUCCCCCUCACAGGGCCCCAGCACAGGACUUUCAGGAUAUUGACAGACCCCCAAAGAGAGUUCGAACUAUGUUUAACUUGGAACAGUUAGAAGAAUUGGAGAAAGUGUUUGCUAAACAGCAUAAUCUGGUUGGGGAGAAGAGAGCCCAGCUGGCAGCACGGCUCAACCUCACAGAAAACCAGGUGAGGGUCUGGUUCCAGAACCGUCGGGUCAAGUAUCAGAAGCAGCAAAGGCUGAAACAACCAGCAGAAUCUGCCAUGAGUGCAUCACCAGACGAGCCCUCCAGCACCAGCACUCAGAGAGAUGAAGCAGACUCUGGUGUGGACAGCUGA